AUGGGUUGUUGCCCAGUGCGGCUUUAUCAAAUGCUCUGCUUCCCUUUUGCCUUCUUACUCUUUCAAGUUAAUUCUUCAUCGAUAUCCCUUCUAUCAUCUCCUCCUCCUCCACAAUUAUGCCUUCCUCAACAUAGUUCUGCUUUGAUCCGGUUCAAGAACAGCCUGUCUUCUUUUAAAGAAAUUAACAUCCCGUCUUUUCCCAUUGGCUCUGAAAUAUGCAGAGAUUCUGAUCCCAAGACAGAAUUCUGGAACCAAAAUACAGACUGUUGCUCCUGGGAAGGUGUCACAUGCCACAGCAUGACGGGUCGCGUGAUUGGCCUUGAUCUCAGUUGUAGUCCACUUCGAGGCAGUCUUCCAUCCAACAGCAGCCUCUUCCUCCUUCAGGAUCUCCAGUGGCUUAACCUUGCUCACCUCCAAUUUUCUGGUUUUCAAAUUCCUUCUGAGUUUAAUAAGUUAAGGAGUCUAAGCCAUCUCAAUCUUUCCUAUACAGGGGUCCACGGUAUGGUUACAGGGCAAAUCUCUCCUUUGUCAGAACUGGUUUCACUUGAUCUGUCAUCUCCUCAAUUAAUGCUCGAUAACCAUCAUUUUAACAUGCUUGUGCUUAACCUAACAAAGUUAGAAAAUCUUUUCCUUGACCAUGUGGAUAUGUCUUUGGUUAGACCAAAUUCCUUUCGGAACUUGACUUCCUCCUUAAAGCGUUUGAGCCUCUAUGGCUGUCAACUGCAAGGGAAAUUUCCAAGUGAAAUUUUCAGCUUUCCAUAUCUAGAAAACAUCAUUUUAACCAGAAAUGAUAAUCUCAGUGGCUAUCUCCCUAAAUCAAAUUGGAGUACUCCCCUUAGAUUUUUGCACCUUUCAAGAACAAGUUUCUCAGAUGAGUUACCAGACUCAAUUGGAAAUCUUGAAAACUUGGAAGAACUUGACCUUUCUUUUUGUCAUUUCACAGGGUCAAUCCCUUCAUCUCUUGGAAACCUCACCAAAAUCACUUUCUUAGAUUUAAAAUCUAACAAUUUUGAAGGUCAAAUUCCAGAUGUUUUUGGGAACUUUAAGAAACUAAAUAAGUUGGAUUUUUCUUCUAACAAUUUCCAUGGGUUAUUGCCCUCAUCAGUAUUUAACCUCACUGCAGUUACUGACAUGGCUUUGAACAAUAAUCAUUUAGGGGGUCCCCUUCCAUACAACAUAAGUGGACUCUCAAAUCUUCAAAGCCUCUUUUUAUCUGCAAACUUGCUUAAUGGCAGAGUACCAGGUUGGUUGUUUAGUCUACCAGUGAACCUUGCUUUUCUUGAUCUUUCAUCAAAUAAUUUGAGUGGCAGCAUUGAGUCAUGCAUGCUCUCAAAGCUUAGAAAUUUAUGGAGGCUUGAUCUUUCAAAUAACAGUUUAUUAUCAUUAAGUAGCUGUAGCAAUGAUGUGAAUUCCACCUUCCCCAAGCUGAAUAUUUUGUGUUUCUCUCCUUGCAACAUACACCAAUUCCCAAGUUUCUUGAGAGCAUCCGAGACUUUGUCCCAUUUAGAUCUUUCUAAUAACAAAAUUCAGGGUUCCAUUUCCAAAUGGGAAGCCGAAGGGUGGGAGAGUUUGAUCUAUUUGGACCUUUCUUUCAAUUUGUUGACAAAUGUAGAGCAAUUUCCUGGGAAGAAUCUUCAGACAAUUGACCUUCGUUCAAAUUCGCUUCAAGGACCACUUCCAACUCCACCACAGUCAAUAAAUCAUCUCUUGAUUUCAGAAAAUGAACUGACUGGCGAAAUCCCUUCAGGGUUUUGCAAUAUAACUUCCCCUCUAGUCCUCGACUUGUCAAAGAACAACUUGAGUGGAAUCAUUCCAAGAUGUCUUGGAAAUUACCACUCCCUCUCUGUUCUGGAUUUACGAAUGAAUAACUUCGAUGGCAAAAUCCCAAGAAUGUGUACUGAUGAAGGUAGUUUGUUGAGAAGUCUUAACCUCAACAACAACCAACUAGAAGGACCCAUGCCACGAUCUUUGGUGGAUUGCAGUGAAUUGGAAGUUCUAGAUUUGGGCAACAACUUGAAUGACUCCUUUCCUCAUUGGUUAGGUGUACUUUCAAGGCUGCAAAUCCUUGUCCUGCGUUCUAAUAAAUUUCAUGGCCCAGUGCAAAAUUUGAGGGGCACAUCUUUCAUUACUAGUUUGCGAAUCAUUGAUCUCUCUCGAAAUGAGUUCAAUGGCCACUUGCCAACUAAAUUCUUUCAAAAUUUGAAGGCUAUGAAGGAUAUGCAUGAAGAGCCAACCGGUCCAACUUAUAUUGAAGAGUUACCUUAUUUUGAUUCUAUUAUUUUAACAAUCCAAGGAUAG